AUGAAUCACCGCAAUAACACAAAGACUGGCGUGAUGAUAUGCAAUGGCGGGUAUGUGACGGUGAACGAAGACUCGAAUAAGAUCUGGGUCACAGACAAGGAUAUGGGCACAAUUGCGCUCCAUACAACUCGACAUCACCCGCAAGAGCAUGAACGUGUCCAUCAGCAAACAGAGCGACAUGAGGAAGAUGGCGGCUAUAAUCGCGACCCUGGCUUCGUACGGCCACGAACAGGCUCAAAUGACGCUCACGGCCGUUCCGGGCUCGUUAACACCACCAAGGGCGUUGCUGGAGGGCUUAAUGUGGUCGACCUGGACUUGGUAGGCUUGGACACAUCCACGAAGAUCCACAGCAUCGCGAGAGUGGACAUGAAGACAUUCUCAGAUAACGGGCCGUAUAGGGCUACCGAUGCCGCCGAAAUUAUCGCCCUGCCAGCAUACUACCACAAGGCCGUGGGGUGUCGACGCUUGUAUCAGAAGUUGUUUACGAAUGUGCCCUCGGUCCUAGUAAACAAGAACACAAACACGAGCGUGAGCAUAAACAUAUACGUGGAUGCCAAUACCCAAUACACGAGCAAGAAUAUCUACAUAAACGAGAAGAACAACAAGGUCUGCGCCAGGAGAAUCGUCACAAACGACAUUUCCAAAACGAACGAAGGCAAGAAUGAGUCCUGGGCGGCCACCGUGAGCAAUAAGGACCUGAAUGAUGUCAGGAUUAUAGUGACGACGAUGAGGCUGCUCGAGACGCGGAAAGUCAAGGUGUCCAGGUCAAUGUCCGAGAACGCAGACCUGAAGGCGAGGACAAAGAGUCUUGAGAACAUGGUGAGGGAGUUUAUUGUCAAGCACGGUCGAGAACACGUACCAAGAAGGCACCUGUUCGGGCCCAAGGCGUCACCCGAGAGCCUGAGCGUGAUGAGCACGGCUAAGUCGGUCGUGAAUACCAUAAAUCUGAGUCUGUAA